AUGGAGCUUUUCAAGUCGCAGGAUGAGUACACGCUGAGGGGAGCCGACUGCUACUUAUCUUGUAGCCGCUCCAGCGGGAGCAUGGAAAUCAAGGCAGCAUCUGAUGUGGAUCUAUCCAGCGCAGUCUGCCUCGGUCUGGUGGAGGGCGUCGUUGGCAAGUUUCAGUUUCAGACAAAUUUGGAGUGCUUCCUGAUCCUGAUCCAACAGAAGGGCCUGGUUGGCACAGUGCUGGGUAAACAUAAGAUGUACAAGAUUACCAAAGUGGCAGUGAUCCCACUGACCCACACCGAGCCCUUGGACCUGAAACUCGAGUUCUGCAAGGUACAUCAGCGAAUCUCCCCUGGCGCCAGUGAGACCAACUCUCAGAGGAAAUUGCCCGAAAACACUCCUCCCAAACGCCAGGUCACAGGUGAGGAGAAGCUGGAGCGCCACCUGUUGGAGGAGCUGGUGAAGAUGUUCACGAACUCGGAUUCCUUCUACUACAGCCUGACCUACGACAUGACCAACUCUGCCCAGCGACACUACACCAGCCUCAAGGACCGAGCCAGCUCCCCACCGUGGACACAGGUUGACGACCGUUUCUUCUGGAACAAGUACAUGAUCCGAGACCUGCUGGAGGAGAAGAAUGCCUUGGCCAAGCAGUGGAUCAUUCCGAUUAUCCAGGGGUUUGUGCAGAUGGAGGAGAUGCAGCUGUGCAUGUCCGAGCUCGAUGAGGAUGACAGCUCUUCCAGCCUCUCCCUGGAUUUGGAACUCCUAUCCGACCCAGAGCCCAGGUUCCUGCUGCUCCUCAUCUCCCGCCGGAGUAGGUACCGUGGUGGAAUGAGGUACAAACGCAGAGGGGUCGACAGUGACGGGAAUGUUGCAAACUAUGUGGAGACGGAGCAGCUCAUCUACAGCGGUCACGACAUCCUGUCGUUUGUUCAGGUCCGUGGAUCUGUCCCGGUGUUUUGGAGUCAACAGGGUUAUCGCUACAAGCCUCGGCCAAAACUUUACAGGAGCGAUCGGGAAAACAGAAUCGCUUUCCAGGCCCACUUUGACGAGCAGUUCAGGAUUUACAACAAACAGGCUGCCAUUAACCUGGUGGACCACCGAGGGCCUGAGAAGGUGAUUGGGGAUGCUUACCUGAAACACGUGGAGAAGCUCAAUGACCCCCGCAUCAUCUAUGUGUCGUUCGAUUUCCACUGCCAAUGCCAACAUCGGAAAUUCGAAAAUGUGGAGAUCCUGACUGAAGGAAUCAGCAACAUCAUCGAUGACCUGAAAUGGUUCCGGAUGACGAAGGACAAGCUGGUGAUGAAGCAGGAAGGAGUCACUCGGGUCAACUGCCUAGACAGCCUGGAUCGCACCAACAUUGUGCAAGCUGCCAUUGCCCGGAAGGUUCUGGAACACCAACUGAAGAUGCUCCGACUGCUGCCGGAAAACCAAUCCCUCCCGCCAAACCUCCAGAAGAUAUUCCAGUGCGUCUGGGCCAACAACGGGGAUGCCAUCAGCAGGCAGUACGCUGGCACUGCUGCCAUGAAGAGUGACUUCACACGCACUGGCGAGAGCAAAUUCUCUGGAGUGAUGAAGGACAGCUACAGGUCCGCUAACCGUUACUACCUACACCAUUUCCAGCACGCCUACAGGCAGGCUGUGAUCGAUCUGAUGCACGGCACUCCCAUGGCUCAGGAUUUGCAGUCUCUCAUCAGGAAGGAGAGUCCCGCCAAAACACUGCUGAGGAAGGAGCAGUGGAGAAGCCAGCAGGAGGAAUUGCAAGCUGUGGUGCAGGCGUGCAGCUCCCUGCUGAUUCCCGUCAACGAAGACUUCCUCGACGCCUGGCUCCUCAUUGACUGUGAGCCAAGGUUGCAAGGCACGAUGGCUGAGGAGUUUGACAUCGUUUUCCUGCUCUCCAACCUGGCCUGCUAUUUUGCCUACGUCGACAAGGAUUCUGAAAUCACCCACUACGAUCGGAUCUGCCUGCAGGAUGUGGACAAGAUAGAAAUCAGGAAGACCCUGCUGCCCUCAGCUCCAGAUCACCGCUUCAGCUCAGCGAAGAAGUCCAAGGCAUUUUGCAUGCAGCUCCAUUCCAUCAGGGCAGGAAAAAGUGACAGCCUGUGCAUCAUGACAGCUGCCUUUCAGAAUCAGGAGAACAGUAAGGAAGCCCUCCAGCGCAUUGCCAUUACCGUCCAGAAAGUGAAGUGGAACCUGACGGGUGUGGUGCUGCCCAUCUGCGUCGAUCAUAUGCACCGGUCACGCAUCACCGAAGCUCUCUGGGCCCUGCUCCUGUCCGUUGCUCAUUUCUUGACGGCCGUUGUCAAUUCUGUUGUCCGGGCCUGCCGACAGGGCCUGCUGAAGAACAGGAAGGUCGACCUGUCGCCGGGGGAGCUGCCUGACUUGGAGGCGAACAGCCCUGAGGCUCCUCUGGGCCCGCUGCCGAACAUAGAGGUGGAAGAGGUGUCAGCGUUCAGUACGGCUGGUUCGCUGGAGCAGGAGGAGGACAAGAACCAGGCAUUUUUCAUCUAUCUGCCCCAGAACAGCCGGCAGUACUGGCACAUUGGUUACCUGCAGUGCCCGGACAGCGCAGCCAGCUUCUGGCCCCCGCUCCCCUCCAGCGCCUCCUCCUCAUCCAGCGGCCAGGAGGCCCUGGACGAGGAGGACAAUUUCCAGUCAUCUGUGUCGAGCAGCUGCUUGAGCAACACCAGCAGCACGUCCAUGUCGUCGUCCUCCUUUCUGUGGAACGACAAGGCCCUCGCCCCUGCGCAGCCGUUCGUGCCCGGCCACCUGCACCCUCCACGCCCGCAGAGCUCAGGCCCCGGGUACAUAACGGGCACAGCUCACCGUGGGCAGCAUCACCGAACGAGAGGACAAGCCUGGCAGCGGGCAGCGGGCAGCGAGGGGGGCAAGCAGCAGCGGCCAUAGGCAGCACCGCGUCAA